UCCUGGGAGAUAGAUAGAAAGUUAUAGCGAUGGGGAUGUUACUUCUCUUUCUUUCCUUCUUGUUGCUUUGGUCACAGAAUUCUGUUUUUACAUAUGGUCAUGCAAAUCUCACUUAUUUGCACAAGGGCGACGUGGAAGCUCUCAAUGCAAUAGCCCGGGGUCUACGCAUGUUAAAUCAAGGUUUCUCCCGCACAAGCUGCUUCAUGGAGCCGUCAAACCAGCGCUCUUCAGCUUCAAUUAGUUGCACAUGCAACCAAACUUUGUGUCACGUGACGAACAUUACUUUUUCCGGUCUGCAUUUGAAGGGUGUAAUCCCACCUGAGAUUGCCAAUCUUCAAUUCUUAGAAAUACUAGACCUGAAUAACAAUCAACUUCAUGGUAACAUUCCUCGUUCGUUUAAAAACUUGUCUCGUCUUUCAUACUUGUUUGUUCACCAAAACAACCUUGAAGGACCAAUACCUCCUUUUCUUGGUGAAAUGAAGUCUUUAGAGCGCAUAGUUCUUUCAGAUAAUUGGUUCAAUGGCUCAAUCCCACAAGCACUUGCUUCUCUUCCUUCUCUUCAACUUCUGUAUCUACAGAACAACUUAUUAUCUGGAGGAAUUCCACCAGAACUUGGCAACCUUACCAGCCUUAUCCAACUGGAUUUGUCUGACAAUCAGCUCUCUGGUGUCCUUCCCCAAGAACUGGGACGCCUUGUAAACCUUGAACGCUUGUUGUUGAUUAACAAUAAGUUGAAUGGUGAGUUACCUGAAAGUUUUGCAGCUCUAACGAACAUGAACGAUUUAUCCAUUAUCGGAAACGACAUAUCUGGCAAAAUACCUGAGUAUAUUGCUAAUUGGAAGAAUCUCAAGUUUCUGGGACUGAUAGGAAAUAAUUUUGAAGGGCCGUUUCCUGAUGCAUUAUCCUCCUUAAACCUUUCUGAGCUGUAUGUUUCUGACUUGAUUGGAAACAACGAAGGAAGAGGAUUUCCAUUCCCAAAUAUAUCAGGAAUGGCUUACUUAGUAUGGCUGACGCUAAGGAACUGUUCAGUCAUUGGUCCAAUCCCUGAUUAUAUUGGUCAAAUGAAAUCCCUAUAUUAUAUGGACUUGAGUUUCAACAAUUUGAGUGGUGAAAUGCCAAACUUCUUUCACACUCAUAAACCACAAUACAUGUACCUUAGAGGAAAUAAACUGAAUGGAUCAAUCCCCAGAUGGCUUGCUGGUUCUGCAAACUUAAAUGCGGAUAUUUCAGAAAAUAAUUUUACCAGUGCUCCUUUACAACUGAAAGGCAAAGCUACCAAUGUGAACUCUUUUGCAUGCUGCGCUGAUGCAGCAAAUUUGAGCACAGCAUGGCAGAGAAGGGACUAUCAUUGCCAUACUGCUAAGUCACUGAAUGAUCACUUGUUUAUAAACUGUGGUGGUGAGGGAGUGCUAACUAAUGGAGUUUAUUAUCAAGCUGAUACGCAACCUGAUGGAGAAUCGACAUUCUUUCUGAGUGAUGAUAAAAGUUGGGGUUACAGUAGCAUGGGAAUUUUUCUUGUGACAAACCAUGACCAGUACAUUGUGGAAAAAUCAUGUGGAAUUUACAGUGAUGGUGCACCUUUGUAUAAGACAGCUCGCAUUGCCCCUAUCUCCCUUAAGUACUAUGGCUUUUGUAUGAAAAAUGGCAAAUACAGAGUGAGGCUUCACUUUGCAGAAAUUAUGUAUGGAGAAAAUAAAGAUCCUAGCAGCAAGGGGAACCGCUUCUUUGAUGUGGCAAUUCAGGACCAAAAGGUACUAGAAAAUUUCAAUAUUAGAGAAGCUGCCAUGGGUGUGAAUAGAAGUGUAACUUUGGACUUCGUUGCCACAGUGAGGAACCAUCGACUGGAGAUCCACUUAUAUUGGACUGGCAAGGGCUCAAUUCAUAUUCCAGUGGAGUAUUACGGUCCUCUUAUAUGA